AUUCGACCAUCAUGUUUGACGGAUUUGAUACAUUCACCAUAACAACGCAGAUUGAGCCACAUGUCUCAAUCUUCGGCAUUAGAAGUGGCGAUGUCUCGUCAUCGAAACGUCCGCCGUUACUACUACUCCACGGAUUUCCACAGAGCCACCAUAUAUGGCACCAGGCUGCAAUGCAAUUACGAGACAAAUACACUAUUGUAAUCAUCGACUUGCGAGGAUAUGGAAGUUCGUCCAAACCAGAAGACGUAUCGCAGUAUGCAAAGAGUUUCAUGGCUCGGGAUUGUAUAAAAGUGAUGGACGAGCUUGGCAUUACUGGAUCAUUCUUUAUCUGCGCCCACGACCGUGGUGCGAGAGUGGCGCAUAAAGUGUGCGUUGAUUACCCGGAUCGCGUGCGGAAGGCCAUAUUCCUCGAUAUAUGCCCUACUCUUGCGAUGUAUACGGUUGAAAACCCGAACUUUGCGAAGAUGUACUGGCACUGGUACUUCUUGAUUCAGCGAUCGCCUCUGCCGGAGACGCUCAUAUCUGCAAGUCCUCGGCAGUUUGCAGAAUUGUUCAUGGGCGGUCGACAAGUGAGCGGACUUUCAAUAUUUGAAAAAGAGAGUCUAGAUCAGUAUGUUUCCAAUCUCGGAGAUCCAGUGACGAUACACUCCAUGUGCCAGGACUAUCGAGCAAGCGCCACGUUGGAUCUAGACGAGGCACGAGAGGAUAUCAAACAGGGAAGGUUGAUUCAAAAUCCAUUGAGGGUUUUAUGGGCUAGACAUGGAGUUAUUGGGAAGCAUUUCCAUGCUAUUCAAGAAUGGAAAGCUGUGAGCAAUGCUAAGGUGGAUGGACAUGACGUUGAUUCCGGCCACUAUCUUCCGGAGAAUGUGCCAGAUGAAGUUGUAUUCAACAUUUUAGAGUUUCUACAAUGAAUUUGUAUCCUGAGUGGUUAGAGAAGGUCAUGCACCGAUG